AUGAACUCAGAAUGAACAUGAGUUGCGUACUAGAAAACUAAAUCUUUCAAUCUUGAUUAUUAUUCUUAUCAUUAUUAUUGUGCCAAAUAUCAAUUAUUUACAUCAGUGAUAAAGAUGGAUUACAUCAGUGAAUUUGAUAUAAGAUUGGAAAAGGAAAUGUAUUAUGCCGGUGAAACACUCAAUGGACAGGUAAUCCUUCAAACAGUUGAAAAUUUCAAGCUCAAAGCAAUUAAAGUUCAGCUUAGAGGGAAAGCUCAUUCAGAAUGGAAGGUUGUAGUUAGUGGUGAACGUCGAACCGUAAAAGAUGAUCAAAUAUUCAUUGAUGAUCGAGUUGUGAUUUGGGGUAAAGAAAAAAAUGAAGGAACUGUGCCUAUUCUUCCUCGAGGACAUCAUUCAUUUCCGUUCAAUUUUCAACUUCCGGAAACCUCAUUACCAUGUAGUUUUGAGGCGAGACCAUGUACCAUCCGUUAUUAUGUUAAAGUUACCAUUGACAUUCCAUAUGCAUCGCCGCCUCAGGGAAUGAAGUAUUUUACUGUUAUUGGACCUCACAUUGAUUGUAUGGAUGAACAAUAUUUGAAACCGUUGGUUGGCCAAGAUAAACGACAGAUUUGUUGUUUGUGCUGUAAACGAGGAAUCGUCAACUUAAAAUCAUCAUUAGAAAGAUCAGCUUAUUGUUGUGGUGAAUCAAUCAAAUUCAAAGCAAUUAUUGACAAUCAAAGUGAGGAAAAUGUUCGUCUUAGAUUAAAAUUAACCCAAUAUACAGAAUUUUUCAUUGAACGAGGUGUACUUGGUCUGAAUAAAGAGUCAAAUCAUGUUGUUCUUGAAUAUCAUGGUGAUCCUAUCCAACCCAUGAGUAAAUCUAAAUUUGAUAGUUCGCAGAGUUUAAUUGUUCCUGUUAUGCCACCAACACUUAAUGGAGUUUGCCGUCUUUUAUCAAUUUAUUAUGUUCUUAAAAUUUGGAUUGAAAUGGAAAAGUCUGGAGACGAUUUACAUAUCGAUUUUCCCAUAACCAUAGCAACUUGUCCGUUCCGAAUUCCUAAUUCAGCUCAGCAGCCAAUAAUUAAAUAUGAGCCAUGUUGUGAUCAUGUUGAAGGCGGGUUAUAUAUUGGUCCAGAGUUUCAACUGGGUCAAGUCUAUGACGGAACUCUGGGUGAAGGAGAAUCUAUUGUACUUUACCGACCUGUUUAUGUUUGCGUUAAAAAAUCUGAUAAAUCAUCGCCAAAAAUAUCUUCAGAGGAUCAAAAAUCUGGUUCUGGCUCAGGUUCAAUGUCAAAAAAGGAAACAUCCUCAUAACAUUUAUAUCUCUCUACUCAUCUUUUAUUGUCUUUUAAUGGUCAAUAUACAAAAUCUUUUAUUGGUGAUUACUUAUAUUAUUGUAUGUAUCGUGUCCAAAUAUAUUAAAGUAAUUUGUACAAAUAAUGAAAUCAUCUUCAAAACCAUCCUGUUCAACAAGUUCAUCGGCAUCAGUUUACCACACUUUUCUUGUUACCUUCAUUUUCAUUAAUUGACAUUUUUUCUGUAAAAGUAAUCGAUUUUAACCGAUUAAGGUACCUCACAUUUUCAACCUUUUGUACACAAAUUAAAAUUAACUCAAUAUCUAAAUAAAGAAUAGUAACAAAUCA